AAUUUAUGUUUCGAGUGGGUGAAUGUUUUUCUGUUAUUGUUGUACAUUUCAAAUAAUUGUUUUAAAAGCUAAUGUUUCGUGCCCAUUUUAACGGGCGAAACUCACUCGGCGAGCUGGCUCUCCUUAUUUCGAAUAAACCGCAAUCGUUCUGAAUUUAUUAACAUAUUGAAGCUGACGCCUCGAUCGAAUCAUCAUGUGUGAUUUGAUUGAUUUGAACAGCCCAGACCCUCGUAAUUCGGCUACAUCAAGGCUUCCCACUCCUCUGAUACCCGGACCAACGAUUGUCGUCGACAAUGACGACAAGAAAAAGCUGAACAUCGUAGACUUUGUUCGUCAUGGAAAACGUUCCAGCCUUGAGAACAAUCCGUUCGACAAAGUGUUCAAAGAGACCGCAGAUUACAUGGCCAGAAAGGACGACCCGUUCGAAGUUGUCUUGGAAAAAGCGCUUCAAUCCAACAAUCAAAGCCCCCAGAAGUCGGCAAAAAGAAGUAAGCAUCGAGAGGAUUUCUCGCCAAAGCGCAGAAGGCAUUCCGAUGUGUUAAAGGUAAACAGAACUCUGGAUGAACCCUUGAUGGGAGAAAUCCUAAACAAGCAUCUUAAUCGUGUUCAAAAAUUAUCCUGGAAUCUAAGCACAAAUCAGAGCAUCAUCAGUGAUUUGAACAACACGAAUUUGCUGGAGGAUAAUUGCUCAGAUUCUCGAAUGCCGAAAUCGCCUUUCGAAAAUGACAAUGGCGUUGUCACUCCAAUCGUUACCUUGAUGCCGCCUUCCCCAGAGAAUUGCUCCUUACUGAAUCAAUCCGCAAUGAAUGACAGUCUCUCCGAAGUCAAAGAAAAUUUAGUAGACAACAAUGUAAAGGUAAUCCUGGAUGUCAAAGAUUCUGGCUUUUCUGACCAUUGCCAAAAUCCUACAGACCUUGAACACUUGCUAAUCAAAUCUUCUAAGCACAGAAGAUCUCUAUCGCAGGGUAACAAGCCUCUACCUAAGUCUCCUGACAAAGAGGAAACCACAUUUCGGCCCAGAUCCAAAUCUACAGCCGAUACCAACAAGCUCAGAAAUAUUCCGAGUAAUUCUCAGAUCUUAUCGGUAUCAAAUGCAUCCACUUGUUACACCAACUUCAUGAAUAAUGGAUUCAUUGAUACUGGCAGCACUGCCAUUUCGGACUUGUUUGAUAUUUCGAAAAUUUCUGGUACCCCUAGACCGAAUUACUACUCUUAUGGUUCGGUGUCUUCCAUGUACUCCGACAAUACUAACAACAAGGCUUUUAUGUUGGAUAGUGAGUCAUCAAAAAUACUGAAGAGCUUUUCCUCCGCUAAAUCCAGUCUCAAUUUGUCGAAUGUCUCAAGAACGACUAAGACUGCAGAUUACUUGAUGAACACUCCGCUGAAAACUUCUGUUAAAAUCUCAGACUUGGCUCUCAGACUUGAAAAAGUGAAACUACAGUCAGUGACUAACAUCGGAGAGUUGCCUCUGUACAGUCCGUAUCACAAGGUUAAGAAUUUCCUAGAAACUGACAAAGAUUGUUCUGUUAAUACCAAAAUGGAAAACGGCCAGGAAAAUGAUAUACAAAGAGAAUCUAAAUUGAUUGAUUUUGAUUGUGGUGGCAACAAUGUGACUUCUGUGUCCAAUCAUUCUUCAGAUUCUGUUUUCGUUGAGAACAACAGCAAAGUCCACCCGAUAGUAUUGCAGGAUGCAAAAUUACUUUCUCGAACCUUCGCCGAAGCUGCAGAACAAUUCAGUUCCAGCUCAUUCAACAGCACUGAUGAUUUACUGUCAUCGUCACAAUGGAAUUUUGAUUUUCUGCCCACCUCAGAUGAUGAAAUUGCAGUUGAUAAUUUAAUUGAAUUGCCUGUAUCUCCUGCAAAAGGUGAAACUGGCCCAAAUUCAGAUCAAAACGGUGACCUGAAAAGGAUUGCAAACAGCAAACCAUCUGACUCAGUAAUUUCUCAAAGAAUCAAAGAUUUAGAAAGUGAAUUUAUCGAUCAAGACCAUACCACGAAUAAAGUAAUGGCUGCGACAUUACUUUUGGAUCUUGAAAAGAUAGUUCAUAGAGAAAAUAAUCCUGAGGCAAUAACAUUGCUUGAAAAUUUAGAGAAAGUCUUGGGUGUUAAAUAUGAAAGCAAUGCUCAGUUGUUGGCCAGCUGCAUGCAGGGAACCAAUAACUUGAGCAAAAGUCCAAAGAGAUGUUUGUCAAAAUUAGGUUCCAUUGAAAAUAUAAGACAAGAAAAUUUGGAAAAGAGUCAUGAGGAUAACGAUGUUGCUGGAAUGUCAAAUGGUAUGAAAGUUCUUAAAAUACAAAAUGAUGAAAGCUUAGAGAUGAACUUGAAUGAUAACAAGGAAAUAAACAAAAUUGAAAAGUCUGUAAUGCCUGAUUUUUCACCAUCUACCGAGGAAAACACAGUGAAUUUAUCUGAAAAAUCUGACAGUUCCAAUAUAGAGGAAAAUGAGCAAAAAGCAAUGCUGGUUGAUCAAGCAGAAGCAUUGGAACUGAUUACAAAUCUUAGUAAAAUAUUGGGUGGACGUAAAAACGAGUCUUCUCCACUUUCACUUCUCACAAAUUUACGGAAAGUUUUGAACUUGGCCACAAAUCAAUUACAUUUUGAAAAUGGUCAAAUGACGAAAUCCAAACAUCAGGAAACACCAAAGAAGGCACAGACUGAAGCUCUGUCGAAAAAAAAAUCAACAGUUGAGCCAGAAGAUGAAGCUCGGCAGUCUGAAACCAAAACUAAUGCAAUCAAAUCAGAGCGUAAAAAAAGUAUAGACUCAUCAAUGAAGAUUCAAUGCACUCCUUUGAUUUUAAAAAAACGAAGCAUGUCGAUGAGCGGCCCUAAACGUAACAGUACGUCCACAGCAGUUCUGUCAAAAGCAAAAGAGAAAAAAGAUUCUGAUAGUACUAAGAGGGCGUCAUCUUGCAGUGCACUUCCCAAAAUCGGCACAAUGCAAAAAUCCUCAUCAAUUGGACAAGAAUUAAGCAAAGGUAGAGCAUCUGUGAUUGGAGUUGCUGGCAAAUAUAAACCGAAAAAGAAAUCCAUUGUAGAAAGUGCUACUAGCAAAAAUGGUCCCUUGAAAGCCUUAAUUCCAGUAAGAAACAUGCAGAGACGAGGGUCAUUGGGUUCAAAGGGACAGAUAUCAAUACCAAGAACCCCUCCUAAAUCAAGUUCCAAUUUACCCCCUACUUUCUCUGUGGGGACUAGCAGCACUCCAAAUUCUAUUAUUUCAAUAAACAUCGCUAAGAAAUCGCCAAGGGAUAAACCUGUAGCGUCAUCCACACCGGAUGGUGGUGGAUCCAGGAAUCGCAAAAUGAGAUUGCAGGUUUCUAAGAACAUGACAAAACCAAGAUUCUCCUGCAACAUCUCCCCUGUAACACCAGUGCCCACUCACGGUAUCACUAACGGCAGCGGUUCCCAGGGUUCACCCAAAAACGACAGACACAAUAAAACGUUGUCUCCCACAAAAAGACGCAAUUCUCAAGGAGCUCAGGGGCACAAUACAACUCUGUCUAGCAUUCCAAAAUAUUCACCGCUGGCCGGAUUUUCGAGAGAAAGUUAUAAGGAGGCAGUUAAACCCUUGAAUAUUUCUGGCUCUCCAACGAAAUCGUUGGUGAAGUCAAAUACCCCAAAAAAGGCACCAUUUGUCCAUAGCAAAAGUGAAAGUCAGAUACUCAAAAGUCCUUUAAAAACUAUGAACAAUCAGGCUGCUAAAUUUAAACCAUUUAAUCUGAUAUCGAAGAUUCGUCGACGUAACAGUGGCAACAACUUAGUAGAUAAGGAGAACUGUGGGUGAUUCAAAUGUUUCCUUCUAUAAAAAUAUUUUUUAUAUACAUAUAUUUUUUUAUUUUCCGAUAGCGUAGGUAUAUAGUCCAGUAAUGCAGCUCCGUUUUAAGUUACAAUUGUCGAUGAAUAUCCAAUUACAAGGAUCACCAUAUCCAGA